AUAGUCAACUGCGAGCUUAUGUUGACAGGCGGCUGCAUCAGCUGAAACAAUCAACCAGUUCGUUAGCAAGACAACGCGGGGCAAGAUCCCAGUCCUGGUGACCGCCGCCGACGUCAGAGAUGUGCCGAUGGUGCUGGUGAACGCAGCCUACUUCAAGGGCCUUUGGCUGACCGCCUUCAAGAAACAAGAUACAUCAAAAAGGAAGUUUUUCACCACCCCGGACCAGCACACUCUCGUUGACAUGAUGACGCAAACUGCUGACUUCAGAAUCGGAGACUCGAGUCAGCUGGGAGCGACGGUGCUGGAGAUGCCGUACAAGGGGAAGGCGGCGUCCAUGUUGGUGUUCCUGCCUUACACCACGGCAGGCGACGACGCCACUACUCCCCUGGACGCCAUGUUGCGACGCCUCUCACACAACACUUUCACGGAUGCUCUCACCAAACUCAGAACACAGAAAGUCGUCCUUAAACUUCCAAAGUUUAAAUUCGAGCAAACAAUCAAGGAAGAACUGAAGCUGGCUAUUGAGCGUCUGGGGAGUACUGACCUGUUCACUGACGGUGCUGAUCUCUCGGUGUAUGAUCCUUCAAGGAGAGUAAAGGUGGGCAAGACCAUCCAUAAGGCGGUGGUGGAGGUGAACGAGGAGGGCGCCGAGGCCGCCGCCGCAACAGCUCUGAUAGGAGCUAUUAUCCUAUCCUUCGGUCUUCCUCCCGUUCCCCGAGAGUUCACCUGUGACCGACCCUUCAUCUUCCUCAUCCGUGACAACCAUACAAACAACAUUCUCUUCUUAGGCGUCUACAGAAAGCCAUAAAAUACAUUCUACCCCUUUUGAAGAAUAUCAAUGUUGCAAAUUUCAAAAAACUUAUACAAAGAAAAAAAUCAGUACUGCAAAUUUCAAAAAACAUAUACAAAGAAAAAAAAUUACCUCCUGCUUCUAAAGAAAAAACAACAACACUCCGAUUACUUC